AUGGCUGUACCGGACCGAGGGUACACUAUCCUGCUCAGUCACCUUCACAAGCCGUCGUCUACCCUCCCUCUCGAAAGCCUCCAGUCACUCAUCGCGCACUACCUCGCCCAUUCACCCGCCACUACCACUACUCCACUAUCAGCUACCAUAACCAGUUCACCGCUCUUCCGGCCCUUCUCGCAUGCCAAACUUACGGCGUUAACGACCGCGUUCCGACAUGCAGUACACGUUAAGCUCAAGAUGCUUCAAGAGGAGCCUUCCUCGCUAUUCUCGAGGGGACUCAAGCUUAGGAUGGAGGACUGGGCAAAGAGUGUGGUGAAAGGACUUAGUGGCGGACAAGGUAUGAUGCGUUUAGUCGGCGCUGGAGGUAUGCUAUUAGGUCUGGACGAUGUGAAAGAAAAGUUAGGCGUGAAAGAGGAUAGAGGUGGAGCGAGAGGGAAAGCUGAGGAUGAGGUCGUAGUUGCUUUGGCCGAGAUCAUGGAUAUCUAUGCCAGUACGCGAGUCGAUGGUUGGGAGAAAGAGUUCCACCCAGAAACGGAGAGCGGGGAAGUGGACGUCGUGUCGCUCGCAUUAAUAUUUUCUUGUCAAUUUCUGCCCCAUGUUCUCUCCGAGCGCUUGAAAGCGCUUCCUUUAUCUGCUUUAUCGUCCAUCCUUAUGUCCUCUAUUGAAUCUGUUUUUCUAUGGGGUAACUUCCUCACGGCGCUUCCAUCUUCAUCCUGGAUUAAUGCCGAAGGCAAGUUGACGAUGUCUAUGAGGGAGGGAUCUUCUGGGCCGUCCUUCCCAUACGAAGACUCCACUUCUCCGCAGCACAUCUCAGCUUUUGCUGUGACAUUAAGGGCACUCACAGUAUCCCCGCUGUAUGCCUCCAUUGCGGCCUUGUCAAACAUAUUUUCUAGGAUCAUCUCUAUCCUGGUAGUCUCCCACCCUCGGGAAGGGUGGAUAACAAUGGCUGAAGUCCUUGAUCGACUUCAAAGCAUCUCCACAAAAGUGGAAAAUGACUGGGCGCAGAGCGCGCUUGCUCGGAUAGAAGAUGAGAAUGAUAUUGCGGCAGAUUCUCGCGAGUUGACAGCAUCUCUCUGGAGCGUACUGAAGACACUGCUUUUUACCACGAUCAUGCUAUCUCAAACCUGCCUAUCUGCCACCGUCUACAACGCUCCACCUUCGUCUUCCCGUCUGCUUGGCAAUACAAGCUCCACUUCGCCAUCAUAUCCGACGCCCUCUUCUCUUGCUCUGACCACGCUCCACACGCUUUCACACCUUUCUUUCAUCAUAUCCCAAUUCGGAGGCGUUACCUCGACCAGCGGGGGCGGUUUCUCUGAACUGAAACGUACAUUCUAUACUGCGCUCGAUGUGGUUAGUGCUGACGCACGGACCAGUGACGAGUUUGUAAGAGCUAUUGGUGCCGAAGACAUCUAUCUAACGCCAAGUUCCAAUGCUCAUCCGACUGCGCGCGCCUUUGAUACUUCCAAGCAAGCUUUCUGCCUCGCCUGCAUUGAACAGCUGAUCCCUGUGCUGUCUCUUGCAACGAUUGAGAAACAUGUCUUCCCACUUUGUUUGCCCCAUCUGAAUGAUCCGUCUCAACGUGAAACCUACGAGUCCGCUCACUCGGUUGUCCUUGCGACCUUUGCCUCACAUGCACAGAAGCAAUCGAACAGCGGAUCCACUAGCCGCAUGACAGAUCAGAGCGGCCAUGAAGUGCGAUUCGUGGAGAAAAUUGUGCCUUUCUAUGCGCAAUGCCUUUUGGAAAAUUCUGCCGAAGGCAAAAUGAGCACGGCCCAACUUCGAAUAGCCUACGCAGCGCUCGUUGGCAGUGCCGCUGUCAGCUCCUCUGCUCUCGCGCAAUUUUGCAUCGCUGUGUUACUGGAGAAGAUUGACACACUCUCAGCCCCUGUCUCGAAUCAAUCAGGCAACGACGAGCGCAUCGCCCAGUUGCAUCGUUUGCGCUUGACUCUCAUAUCGACCAUCUCCGCUUUGCCCAUCAGCCUGCUCGCAGAUGCGCUUGAUUCCAUCGGUCGGAUCAUAUCAAGCGCCUUACCUGCAGAUGCAGGGGAGGAACGCAGGCAGGAGCUCAUUGAUGCGUUAUUCAAGGAGAUUCUCGAGCAAGUUGGUGACAGAGAGAAAGAGUUUGCGAUGCAUUGGUGGGAGGAUAAUAGAAAAAUUCUCAGGAUGCACGUAGAGGAAGUUGGUGUGCAUGGGCGAGCGAGCACGGAGAAAACUGAUGGAGAGGCUGUGACUCUGAGUAGGCUCUGAAGGUCGCGGCAUUUGUUCUAUGGGAUCACCAACAAAACCAUCCUUCACCAUUCUUAUGACCUCCAGAAGGCACUCGCCAUACAUUAUUUUGAGAGGUUCUAGCACUCUCACCUGUACACGUACUUCCAAUGUCACCCGCUAGCUGAUGAGGCUACAUCUUCAAUUGUC